UGCGCUCCACCAAUAGGAAGCGGACAGGAGUUCACGCAGGACUGUCUUGGCCGCACUGGCAGCUUCACAAAUGUUUUCUAAACUUUUAUUAGUUGUUUUCUUCGCUGUUGUUUUGCAAAAUACGCCAUCAAAUGGGCAGAAAAAGAAGGAGUCUCUGCUGUCAGAGAAGGUCACUCAGAUGAUGGAGUGGACCAGUAAGCGUGCAGUCAUCAGACUGAAUGGAGAGAAGUUCAGGAGGUUAAUCAGAGCUCCUCCACGAAACUACUCUGUGAUCAUCAUGUUCACGGCCCUGCAGCCGCAGAGACAGUGUGCAGUCUGUCGACAGGCAGAUGAAGAGUACCAGAUCCUUGCCAACUCUUGGCGAUAUUCAAGUGCGUUUACUAACAAGAUUUUCUUUGCCACAGUGGAUUUCGAUGAAGGCUCAGAUGUUUUUCAGAUGCUCAACAUGAACUCGGCUCCAACAUUCAUCAACUUCCCAGCCAAAGGUAAACCCAAGCGAGCGGACACGUACGAGCUGCAGGUUCGGGGUUUUGCGGCGGAGCAGCUGGCUCGAUGGGUGGCGGACAGAACAGAUGUUCAAAUCCGGGUGAUCAGACCUCCUAACUAUGCCGGGCCGCUGAUGCUGGGAUUGCUCCUGGCUGUCAUCGGCAGUCUGGCUUAUCUGCGGCGGAAUAACCUGGAGUUUCUGUUUAACAAGAACGUCUGGGCUUUCUCUGCUCUGUGUUUUGUUUUGAUCAUGACAUCUGGCCAAAUGUGGAACCACAUUCGCGGGCCGCCGUACGCUCACAAGAACCCAAACACCGGUCAAGUGAGUUACAUUCACGGCAGCAGUCAGGCUCAGUUUGUGGCAGAAACACACAUCGUUCUUCUCUUCAACGGGGCCGUGACUUUAGGGAUGGUGCUGCUUCACGAGGCCGCCACCACUGACCUGGACGUCGGCAAGAGGAAAAUUAUGUGUGUGGCAGGAAUUGGUCUAGUGGUGCUGUUUUUCAGCUGGCUGCUGUCCGUCUUUAAGGCCAAAUAUCACGGAUAUCCGUACAGCUUCUUGUUCAGCUGAAGACUUCUGGGACCCGUGGCAGAUGUUGAUGUUUCAAGUGCCUUCAUGUUUAAUAUUGAGUGAUUGAUUUGGUAAACGUCUGCUUCACCCUCUCUA